AUGCGAUGGCUUGAUAAAUUUCUAUCUAAUCUCACCGCCAAAAUGACAUUAUAUUUCAUGAAUAUUCUUUUAGAAAAAGAGAAAAAGACUGGGGGUGAUUCUAAGACAUUAUGGAGAAAAUUUUCAGAUGAUUAUAAUUACCAGGGAUUAAUACGAAAUUUUCGAGGUCGAUCAGGAGCACACAGUAUAGCUUUGUUAUAUGAAAUUACUGAUGAUGCACCAUUCUGUCGAGAUGGGUAUUCUUGUGUUACUACUCCAUGUGAAAAACCAACUGGAAUAGAUUCUUUUCCUUGCAUAUACUCCUUCCCAGAGGAACAGCCAAAAGAACAUUGGCAAAAUAUAAUACCAUUAAUUCAAGAAAAAGAUGAAAAGAAACAGACACCUUUCACAAGGAGUUUUCCAAUACAUUAUUUUGAUAAGAAUACAGGUUGUGCUUAUUAUUUUAUUCGAAUUGAUGAUCAUGCAUUGUUAGUUGUUUUAUUUACAGAAAAGCAUUCAUCACCUGAUAAUAGUACAUCUGAAUUUAUCAUGUUAUUGGCUAACAGAUUAAGUGGGAUAGAUGUUCUG